CGGAAAGCACACUUAUUAGACGUUAGAGAUGCUGCUGAAUGGCAAGGUUUAACUAGUUCACCUUAUGGAAUUGACUUUUCUCCAAGAAAAGGACGAAUAUUAAAUUCAAUAUGGAUCGAAUGGUAUAAUUUUAUGGAAAAAGAUGAAAGUAAUAUUAUUAAAGUAAAAUCGAAGGAGAAUAUCCAAGAUAUUAUGAGUGUUAAAAAUAUAAACUUAGAUGAUGAGAUAAUUAUUUAUUGUUUUAAAGGUGCAAGAGCAUCAAAUACAUUAAUGAGCUUAAGAGAAGCUGGUUAUUAUAACGUAAAAAACUAUUUUGCUUCAUGGAAUGAAUGGUCAAGAGAUUUUGAAUUACCUAUUGAUGACAAAAUAAUUGAAAUAUCAACAUUUCAAGACUUUGGUCCUCCUACAAGACUUUAG